CAAAUUCAACUAAUCGCGUCAGCAGAAUAAACAAACCACAUGAAACUCGAGUCCCUUAUCGGUUUUCUUGUAAGGGAAAAAGGGAUUUUUCAACACAAUGUUAUUCUAUCCACAUGUUUUGAAAACUUCGUGUUCAUCCAAAACUGCUGAGAUGAUAUAUGCCAACUGUCUGGUGGGCAGAGAGAAAUCAGUGUGAGUCGAUCCUUGACAUUGUCGGGAUGUGUGGAACUGGCCCCCUAGUGGCAAUCGCCUUGUGCCUGUUGAUUGCAGGUGUUUUAGCCAACCAACAACGGACGUCUUGCUUCCAUCCGAACAGCAUCCGUUACAAUGUCAACAAUAACCGCCCGAUCAUCGGAAUCUUAUCGCAAGAGCCUUCCAAGUCGAUAGCUUCCGUUUCACCUGAAAGUGUCAGCUACAUCGCCGCAUCUUACGUCAAAUGGCUGGAAGGUCAAGGAGCUCGAGUCGUGCCCAUUAAAGUCAAUCAACCAGAUUCGUACUACAAGACCGUGUUUGACUCCAUCAACGGGUUACUGAUUCCUGGAGGCGGUGCCAGUCUAGUUUCGUCCGGUUAUGGCAAAGCUGGCUCGAUUUUGUACGAUUUAGCCAUCGAAGCGAACAACAACGGAGAUUUCUUUCCCGUUUGGGGCACCUGCUUGGGUUUUGAACUGCUUCUUUACCUGUCAGCUGGCCGGAAGAAUUUCCUGACUCCCUGCAACUCUUACAAUCGAGCUGCUUCACUCAAAUUUAUCUCAGAUGCUUCGGUCAGUCGAUUGUACCAAAGGGCGCCGAAUGACGUACUGAAGACGUUGAGCAAAGAGAAAUCGACAUCGAAUUUCCAUCACUGGUGCAUGACGAAAGAGAACUUGACAGCCUCGUCGCUGAACAAUUUUUACAGACCGUUGGCCACGUCGACGGACGACGACGGCCUGGAAUUCGUGGCCACUAUCGAAGCGAUCGAUUAUCCAUUUUGGGGCGUGCAAUUCCAUCCGGAGAAGAACGUCUACGAAUGGGGUGCCAAUUUGACGUCAGUACCUCAUUGGCCGAGUGCCAUCAAAGCUGGCCAAUAUUUCGCCGAGUUCUUCGUCAAUCAAGCCCGUAAGAGCCAACAUCGUUUCGCCUCUAGACAGGAAGAGGCCACUUACCUGAUUUACAAUUACGCUCCACUUUACACGGCCAACGUGUCCAGCAGUUUUCUCCAGUCGUAUUUUUUCGAUUGACUUGCUGGCGUACGUCCAUCGACGUGCAGAUAAUGCAUUAUCUGUGUAAAUAUUAAAGUCCUGCUGCAUCAAUAAAUGAUUGAUCAAUGACA